GGCGUGUGUGUAACAUAAAGGCACGGGCGCGCGCGCGCGCCUAUAUAGACAGCUCUUCGCUUAGCGAAGUACUCCGAGCAAGCAGCAAAGCAGGGGAGAGAGUUUGACUCUGCUACUGGGCAGCUUAAACUAGCUACCUACCUUUUCGAUCCCGUUCUGCCACUGCAAGUCAGGAGCUAGCUAGACGACAUGGGAGCUCCGGGCCGGGAUGAGGAGGAGGCGAAGAAGAUGGAGGCCGGCGACGACACCGUCGGCCAGAAGCUCGACGCCGGCGCGCUCUUCGUCCUCCAGUCCAAAGGGUCAUGGCUGCACUGCGGGUACCACCUGACGACGUCGAUCGUGGCGCCGCCGCUGCUGAGCCUGCCGUUCGCGUUCGCGUCGCUGGGGUGGGCGGCGGGGAUGGUGUGCCUCGUCAUCGGCGCCGCCGUCACCUUCUACUCCUACAACCUCAUCUCCCGCGUCCUCGAGCACCACGCGCAGCAGGGCCGCCGCCAGCUCCGCUUCAGGGACAUGGCCACCGACAUACUAGGCCCUGGGUGGGGGCGUUACUACAUCGGGCCGAUCCAGUUCCUGGUGUGUUUCGGAGCGGUCGUCGCGUCCACUCUUCUGGCCGGCCAGAGCAUGAAGGCCAUCUACCUGAUCGCCGUCCCCGGCGGCACGAUCAAGCUGUACGUGUUCGUGGCCAUCUUCGGCGGCUGGAUGAUGAUCCUGGCGCAGCUGCCGUCGUUCCACUCCCUCCGCCACGUCAACCUCGUCUCCCUCAUGCUCUGCCUCUCCUACAGCUUCUGCGCCGUCGCCGGCUGCAUCUACCUAGGAACCUCCGACAGAGCGCCCCCGAAGGACUACUCGAUCUCCGGCAACACCCAUAGCCGUGUGUACGGCGUGUUCAACGCCAUCGCCGUCGUCGCCACCACGUACGGCAAUGGCAUCAUCCCCGAGAUACAGGCGACGGUGGCGGCGCCGGUGACGGGGAAGAUGUUCAAGGGGCUGUGCCUGUGCUACGCCGUGGUGAUCACCACCUUCUUCAGCGUGGCCACCUCGGGGUACUGGGCGUUCGGCAACGCGGCGCAGGGCACGCUCCUGAGCAACUUCAUGGUGGACGGCAAGGCCAUCAUCCCGGAGUGGCUCCUGCUCAUGACGGAGCUCUUCACUCUGCUGCAGCUGUCGGCCGUGGCCGUGGUGUACCUGCAGCCGACGAACGAGGUCCUUGAGGGCGUGUUCUCGGACCCCAAGGCCGGCCAGUACGCGCCGCGGAACGUCGUGCCCAGGCUGCUCGCGCGCACGGCCGCCGUGGCCAUCGGCACCACCGUGGCCGCCAUGGUGCCCUUCUUCGGGGACAUGAACGCGCUCAUCGGCGCCUUCGGCUUCCUGCCGCUCGACUUCGCCGUCCCGGCCGUGUUCUACAACGUCACGUUCAAGCCCUCCAAGAAGGGGGUCGUGUUCUGGCUCAACACCACCAUCGCCGUCGUCUUCUCCGCGCUCGCCGUCAUCGCCUCCGUCACGGCGGUCAGGCAGAUCGUGUUGGACGCCAGCACUUACAAACUCUUCGCCAACGUGUGAUGAUCGAUGAUCAGGCGGCUUGACGACAGGAGCGCCAAUAUAUAAUCCCCGCAGCAUCCUUUCAUGUAGCAUCUCUGUUCGAAAACGUUGCUCGGAGUUAGGCUGGUCCAGAUAAGUCUUGAGUACGUAGUAUACAUGUCUAGUUUUGGUUGUGGAUAAGUCAUGUAGCAGACGAAUGUGACUGGACAAGUGUUCAGCCCAUCAAUUCAUCAUGAGAGAAGAGUUGAAGCGUGCUUUUAUAUCUUUCUUUCUUUGCUCAAGGAAGCUAGAGUGAGUUUUAUCGGUUAGUCCAAAACUGAGUGUUCGUAUAUGUUGUAAACUGAAUCAGCAAAUCAGCAUACAGUACAAUUUUCUCGGUUUC